UGCGGUCGAUCCACCGCUCUCACUGGAAGGUCCAUCCAGUAUUAAGCUCCGUCGAAUGCACGUGCGCGUGUAAACAAAACACUACUUUUCCCAUAUUUGUGCUGCUUUAUAUAUACGGUUAUACCUUUUCUGAGGAUACUGAUAGAGAUGCAAGCAGACAGUUUUAAUCCCGGGAAGAGUGAUUUUCUGCAGCCAUCAGAUAGUGAGAUUCAAACAUGGAUGUCAAAGGCGUUUGACAUGGCAAUUGAGGCCCUUGAGAAUGGCGAGGUUCCAGUUGGCUGUCUAAUGGUUUACAACAAUGAGAUUAUUGGAAAAGGAAGAAAUGAGGUGAAUGAAACAAAAAAUGCUACUCGGCAUGCAGAAAUGGUGGCACUGGAUCAAGUGCUUGAUUGGUGCCGUUUCAGAGAGAAGGACCCGAAGGAGGUGUGUGAACAGACUGUACUUUAUGUGACAGUGGAGCCAUGUAUCAUGUGUGCAGCUGCUCUGCGCCUGCUUCACAUACCUCUUGUUGUAUAUGGGUGCAAAAAUGAGCGGUUCGGAGGCUGUGGCUCUGUCCUAGACGUCUCAUCAGAUCAUUUACCACACACUGGAACUACAUUUAAGUGCGUCGCAGGAUACAGAGCGGAAGAAGCCGUUGAAAUGCUCAAGACAUUUUAUAAACAAGAAAACCCAAAUGCUCCCAAACCUAAAGUGAGGAAAGAUUCGAAUAGUCCACCAGGUGGAGCUGUAGUCAUUCAGGUGAACUAUCCCUUUAACUUACUCUUUGAGGAAUCCCAGAUGUAGUUGUUCAGGAUUUCUCCCAAGACGUAGUAGACGUUGAUCAGAGCCGUGAGGCAGAUGAAGAAGAAAAUUCUGGCCAUGGGCCCGAUGUGC